AUGGAUCUCAUGACGCUUACAGCAGGAUAUCGAGUCCCAAUAAAAAAUCCAGAAAACCAGGCUGAGAUUAUCAAGUGUGAAAUACUACGCAUCAAUCAGGAACAUUCACUCUACUACAUUCACUUCUACAACUUAAACAGGAGAUACGACAAAUGGGUGCAUGGAUCUGAGUUUAUUUUGACAGAUGAUGACCAAAUUGAUUUGCCUAAGAAAAAGAAGAAGGGCGAUGAGAAGAAGCUGGCCACAGUCAUCGAUGAAGAGGUCAAAGUUAGGAAUUUUAACGACAUUGUCUUUGGAAACUACCAAAUCAAUACGUGGUAUUUCUCACCCUAUCCAAAAGACGUAAUAAAAAACAGAACAGUCUUCAUCUGCGAAUUCUGCCUGUUCUACUUCUCAACGCAGGAGAAACUGAACCAGCAUUGCUCAAAAUGCACAAUCAGAUCACCACCAGGUCUGAUGGUUUACCACGAUACAGAAAAUGAUCUAGCAUUUUUUGAAAUUGAUGGAUACGUUCAAGUCAAUUAUUGUAGAAAUCUGGCACUGUUAAGCAAACUGUUUCUAGAUCACAAGUCGCUGAUCUAUGACGUAGAUGCAUUCUUAUUCUACAUCUUGUGCAAGAAAGACAACCAUGGAUGUCAUAUUGUAGGAUACUUCUCAAAGGAAAAGGUUUCUGAAAUGGGAUACAACUUGGCAUGCAUUCUCACGCUUCCAUCUGAACAAAGGAAAGGAUACGGUAAGAUUCUAAUUGAUUUCAGCUACAUGCUCAGCAAAAAAGAUGGACUAAUUAGUGGACCUGAAAAGCCACUAAGUGACUUAGGUCUUCUUUCAUACAGAGCGUAUUGGCUUGAAAUGAUUCUGGAGAGUUUUAAGAGCAAGAAUGAAUUGAUGAUCAAACAUUUGAGCAAGGAUUCUCAUAUUGCAGAAGAUGACAUCAUAGGCACCCUUCUUGCCAAUAAAAUGAUCAAAUAUCAUCAGGACAACCUAAUUGUCACAAUUGAUGAAAAAUGCAAGGGUAAAAUGGAAUCAGGCAGAAAGCACAGGGUAUACGAAAAAUACAAUUUAGUAAAUAGAUAUUGA